ACAACGGUAUUCAAUAAAUUUCCCCAUUAUCCGUUACAAGCUCACAGUGUGAAAGACAGGAAAGGCAACACAACAAAGGUGCCAAAAGAUGCUUGGCUCUAUUAACCAUUCAUCCACCCUCUCCAUCCUGCUUUAUCCAUUGUCCCCAAAACCAGGAUGUUGUAGUUCAAGGAAGUUGAAUGUACGAAUUCAUCCAUGGGAGAAGAGUGUAGAGAAAUCAGUAAAGCUGAGAACUAUGGUUGUUGGAUGUAAGAUUGAGAAUCAAGAAAUGGGUUUUCAAGCUAGUGAGAGGCUUUAUCUUGGAAUGGAUUUCGGUACAUCUGGUGCUAGGUAUGCUUUGAUUGACAAGCAAGGGACAAUUCAUGCUGAAGGAAAGAGAGAGUACCCUAAUUACAUGAAGGAAGACUCCCUGGAUUGGGCGCUGUCAUGGAAAACAACUCUUUUCUCAUUGCUUGAAGAUGUUCCGGUUCAUCUCCGGCCUCUUGUCGCUUCCAUCUCUCUUGAUGGGACUUCUGCCACUACGCUGAUCAUCGACAGCAAAACAGGAGAACCAUUAGCCAGACCUUACCUCUACAAUGAGAGUUGUCCUGACGCUUUACCAUUGGUAAAGUCCAUCGCUCCUAUAAACCAUACAGUGUGCUCUGGUUCAUCUACUCUGUGCAAGCUUGUUUCAUGGUGGAACAAUGACGAUUCAGAUAAAAAAUCCACAAUGUUAUUACACCAAGCUGAUUGGUUGUUGUGGCUUCUUCAUGGUCAGCUUGGAGUUUCUGAUUAUAACAACGCUCUGAAGGUUGGUUAUGAUCCCGAAGCUGACUCCUAUCCAGAUUGGUUGUUAUCUCAGCCUUAUGCUCAACUUUUACCUAUGGUCAAGGCGGGAACUUCAAUCGGCCAUUUGAAAGGCGAUAUUAGAACACAAUUUGGUUUUUCAGAAGAUUGUAUUGUAUGUACCGGGACCACUGAUAGCAUAGCUGCCUUUCUUGCAGCACGAGCAACAAAACCAGGGAAAGCGGUUACCUCUUUGGGUUCAACCCUUGCAAUUAAACUACUAAGUACUACUAGGAUAGAGGAUGCAAGAUACGGAGUGUACAGUCAUCGCCUUGACGAUAAGUGGCUUGUCGGAGGAGCUUCGAAUACUGGCGGAGCAGUUUUAAAGGAAAAUUUCAGUGAUGAGCAAUUGGAAAAACUGAGUGAACAUAUUAAUCCCAUGGAGGCCUCUCCCUUAGACUACUAUCCCCUAAAAUCAGUUGGAGAGAGGUUUCCCGUGGCAAAUCCGAAGAUGGAGCCUAGGUUACAUCCACGACCAGAAAGUGACGUGGAGUACUUGCAUGGCAUUUUGGAAUCCAUCGCCCGUAUAGAGGCAAAGGCAUACAUGUUGUUGAAGGAUCUAGGCGCGACCCAAGUCGAUGAAGUGUUCACCGCCGGAGGCGGUGCAAAGAACGAAAAAUGGACAAAGAUUCGAGAGAGAGUACUUGGUCUACCUGUGAGUCGAGCAACUCAAACCGAGGCUGCCUAUGGAGCUGCAUUGUUGGCUUUGAAGGGUUGCCAAUAGAUACAGUGUGGCUAGUGAGUGUGUAUAGAGUCAUUAUUUUUGGUGAAUUAAGUUUAUGAUUAUGUGCCUAUUUAGCAUUGUAUAAUCAGUUUUAAUUUCUUCAUCUCAUUCCCUCUUUUGUAUUUUAGGAGCCAUGUCAAGGUAAUUUCAGCUACCUGUUUUACCAAGAAAACCUGGUACAUGCCAAAGCAAUGAACUUGAGACAUCAUUCUGUGAUUGAUCAAUGCUUGGCGAUAAAAAGGUCUAAUUCUGGUUUUAGUCCUUUUAUUUUAAUUUGAUAUAAUUUGGUGCCUCUACUUUUAUAA